CUGUAAAUGGAAACGGCGGCCCACGGUGCCGCCAGCCCAAGCCCACUCAACCUGCUAAAUGGACACCCGGUAAGAAAAGAAAAAUCCUAGCGGCUAUUCACGGUUCUCCGCUACCGCCGCCGCGCUGCUCCUGUCUCCGUCCAUGGAUUCGGAGGAGGGCGCCGCCCCAUCCGACCGCUCUCCCCCUCAACUCCUCUUCCCCAAAGGAACAGCUCUACCGCCGCCGCUCCAUCCCCCCGUUCCUCCCCUCAACUCCUCUUAUCCGGGAGCCUUCACCCCGUGCGUUGAGCAGCCGGUGUCCGGCAAGAUCUUUGCGGAACCGCUCGAUCCCGUCCAUGUCUGUGAGGAGGAGAAGGGAAGCACUCCAGUUCGGAAGAAGGAGAAGGAUGGCUGCCAGAUUCGGAAGAAGAUUAGACGGAAGAAGGAGUCCGGUGAGGCAUGUGAGGAGCCGCAGCGGUCCAAAGAUGUCCGUGGGGCCAAAAGGUCACUAUCUCGUGCAAGUGAAAGCUCAAGAGCAGCAAAGGUUGCGAGAACUAUUGAUUCAAAAGUUGUCAUGACCCAAUUGAAGACCAAAAUGAAAGGAAGAAAAUUGCCUUCAAUUAUUUCGGUGUCUCCUAUGUUGAAUCUGAUUGCAAGAAAGAAAGCACAAACAUCCGGAAGGUCACCAAACCAGCUUGCAAGGUCUCCAAGGUCCACUGGGACUUUGAAAUCCCCGUCUUUGGAUGCUCUCUCGCCUGUUUCUGUACAUGCUACUCCAGCUUCUUUGCAUGCUCUUUCGCCUAUUCCUGGACAUGGUGCUCCAUCCACUAUGGGUGAUCGUCUUUUUCCUGCUCCUACCCACGGUAAGUUCAACGCAUGA